UAGUGUGUAGUUGUGUAUUUCAAAUUUCCAUUACAUUAAGAUAUCUUCAUGCAGACGUAUUCCUGUAAAUACUACAAAUUAUCAAAUAUCAAUGCACUUUAUUAUAAUUUAUAAAUAGUUUAAUACAAUAUCUACAUAAUUUCAAAAAAAAUUAAAUAAUAUCUUACAAGUUUAUCCAUACAACAUUAGAAGUGGUUGGUUGUAUUUGGCUUACUUCUGAUUUUUAAUUUAAAAAAAAAAAGCAAUAAUGACAACGCCUAUACAAUUUGAUUCAAAUACUAUGAGAGUUAUUUUGGCUGAGAUUUUGGAAUCUCUUACAACUUGUGAAAAUGCAUUGAAUUUAGAAGAUGCUAAAAGUAAGGCUGGCAAUGAUAUGCUAAAAGUUAUGCAGUAUGUUUAUCCAAUAGUUGUUAGCACUCAGAUGGAUGUAAUAAAAAAAUAUGGACUUCCUGAAGGACGAGAAGGAAUUAUAAAAUUUACCAGAAGUGUAGUUGCAUUUGAAAAAGAUGAUAGAGUAGUAGCUGAUCUUCAUCGCCAGAUACGAUCAUUUUAUUUACCACCCGUCAAUGUUUCAAGUGCUGUAACUUCACAUGUGUAGAUUUAAUUAUUUGAUUUAUGAGAAACACUAUGUGAAAAUUAAAAUAAUUUAUUGAAUGUUAUAACUAAUAAAAAUUCCUAAAAACUUUUAAUAAUUUAAUUUUUCUUCAUUAUU